AAAAUUUUAAAAUUAUAUUUUAAUUUAAAUUAUUUUUUAACUAUUUAUAAAUUAUUUUAUUAUCUUUGAUCCCGACGGCCAUUCCAGUUAAUUUUUACAGCUUUACACGGCCCUUCUGUGACUCCUUAUUUUUACUGCUGCUGAGCUAUGUCACCGCUUUUUCACCCCCCGAGCUGAAUUACCCUACAUCUCAACCCGAUCCAAAAGACUCAAAACCCCGUUCUCAUCUCCAAUAUCAGCUAUUUAUCCCUUUAGAAUUCCCACUUAUUACGUCAAGCCCAUUCUCGUCUUUUCACUGAAAAUAGACCCUUUUGCAAUUGCGAAUCCUAAAAUAUCCUCUCUCUCUCAUUCAUUUUUAAAGCUAAAAAAAACCUAAAAAAGCUGAAACGAAACGCUCUUGGUGGGUCUUUGGGGCAAUCGAACCGAUUUUCUGACUCAAUACCCGAUCCAGACCGUCAUCUUCUCCCAAUCCAACGGUUCUCAUCACUCGGUGUAGUGGUUAGUUGCUCUUCCCUCCCCGCCCCCAAAAGUGGUUUUUAUCAUAAACCCUAGCCGAGAGAGGCCAGUAGUCUGUCUGUCUGUCUCUCUCUCUCUCUCUCUCUCCAACAACAACUUCGUGAACCUCCAAAACUCUCUGAUCUUCUCUCUCCCCCCACCCCCCUCUCUCUCCCCCUAGAUCUCAGGCUCCGAGAUCUUUUUGUUUUGAUUUUCAAUUCUGUUUAUUUUGUUAAAGAUGGAUUUAUCUUUGCCUUCCGUUUCUUUGUGAAGCUGUGUCGAUCGGUACCUGAAUUGGGGUUUUUUUUUUUUUUUUUUUUUUUUUUCUUUUUCCUUUUGUCUUUUCUUUUUCACGUAGUUAUAAGUUAUUGUAAGGUUUUUUUGUACUGAAAUAAUUUUGGCCCGUAUCCGGAUCCGAGUCCGAGUUCGUGGUUCCUGGUCUGGAACUCGUCUUAGUUUCGGUCGUGGCAAAUGGCGAGUCUACAGGAUUUUCUGUUUCCGAGAAUUUCGUACUCGUUUUCUUUGCAUGAUUAUGAAAUCGGUAUUUGCUAAAAAAUCAGGGUCAGAGUUGGAGUGCGAGUCGGUGUUUGCGUUUGAGUCUGCGAUAACUCGGAGAUCGUCUCGAGGACUCGGUGGGUUGAGAGGGUAUACGAACCGAACGACGUGUUGUGCCGGCUUUUCGGUUCGUUACCGCACGCCAAUGCCGUCGGUCGGGAUGAGGCGGACCACGAGGGUGUUUGGGGUGGUGAAGGGCUUGGACGGUGGUGCCAGGGUACUGCGUUCCGGGCGACGCCUGUGGCCGGAAUCUGUUGAGGGAAAGCUCAGGAGAGGCAACGAUGGUGAAGAGUGGUUCAAGCUCGUCAAGAACCCCGGGAACAACGGCGGCCUCGGGUGCAAGCAAAGUGGCUGGUCCCUGGGCGGUGUCAAAAGAGUUACCGCCGUUGACAUCAACGAUGCUGACGAUUGCCAAGCAGAGGAGUCUCCGAUUUGUGCUAAGAAUGCUGAUAAUGUUAACCAUAGCGUUGACAAAUUAUUUGGGAGGGUUUAUAGCAGAAAGAGGAGGGGAACAGGCACUGAAAUUUGCGAUUUUUCUUUGGGUGAUUCAAAUAGAAUGUACGGGCGUCAAUUUUUUCGUCGGCAAAGGAGAAAGAUCGAUGGUAGUGAGGGUUUGGAGAUCGAUGGUAUUGAGGGGUUGGAGGUGUUCCUUCCCCGUCCUAUGCUUGCGGUUGUUGGCGCUGGUGGUGGGAGCGAUUCCUUCAUAGUAAGUUUUUUGUACUCCGUUUUGACUUACAUGAGGAGGGCCGCGCUGAGAUUGAAUAAGCUCUCUGCAUUCUUGAGCUCCGAGCCGAUUGCCAGUGUUUAUGCCUUAGGUGGAAUUCAUUUCUUGCAGGAUCCUCCCAUCACUACUGGCUCUGGAAUGUGCAAGUUUUUUGGGGCCAUAGACUUCAUACCCUUGUUCUCUCUGGAUUUUUCUACAGUACCUGUUUGUUUUAUGUACAUGCAUUACAGGAUGCUUAUGAGGUAUAAGUGUUGGCCUUUUGCCCUUGCGAAUAACUCGUGUGAUGCAGACACAAGUGGUGACAUGAUAACAGACAGUGAAGAAGAUGAGAGUGAUGAACGCGGAGUAUACUUUCCUUCUGAUAGAGAUCUGUCUGCAUCUUUGAUGGAACCAUCUGAAUGCGACAACAUGGUGCAUGAAGCACAUAAUUUGGAGAACAGAGCAUUAUUACACCCGUCCCUUAGAGCUUCGAAAUUAGCUGGUCGGUCUGCACAGUCCAGGAAUGGUUUAAAUUCUCGUGGUUUCCGGAAGAGGAGGAGUUCUCUGAGGAGGGGGAGAGCUAGAAAUCUUUCAGCUGUUGGUGGACACAAACCUAGUGGAGCUGUAGUUUCUGAUGCAAUUCGUAAUAGGAUAAAUGGUAUGCCUCUCUCUUCUUUGGUUACAAAUAAUAAGUUUAGGAGCCCAGUUCGGAGUAGCUCUUUUAGACAAAGUAAAGAAGAGAGUUCUACCUCAUGUGGAUCCAGGCAGGACGUAGAUAUAUCUGGCUGCACUGCAAACAUAUUGGUUAUUGACUCGGACAAUUGUCACCGAGUAGAGGGUGCCAAUAUUAUGUUAGAAAUCUCUGCCUCAAGGGAGUGGCUUCUUGUAGUCAAGAAAGAGGGAUUCACAAGAUAUACACAAAAGACAGAAAAAAUUAUGAGGCCGUGUUCUUGUAACCGAUUCACACAUGCUAUACUGUGGAAUUUGGAUAAUGGUUGGAAGCUAGAGUUUCCCAAUCGAAUGGACUGGCUCACUUUCAAGGAUCUUUACAAGGAAUGUUCAGAUCGAAAUGUUUUGGCUCCUGCUGUGAAGAACAUCCCAGUGCCAGGGGUUCUUGAAGUAUUAGACUAUGGAAAUAACAAUACUACUUUCUGCAGACCUGAUCUAUACAUUUCCAUAAAAGAUGAUGAGGUCUCUAGAGCUAUGGCAAGGAGCACUCCAAAUUAUGACAUGGAUUCUGAAGACGAGAAGUGGCUGGAAAAAUUCAAUAAUGAGUAUUUUACGGGGAAUGAUAUUCAUCAUCAUGUUUCUGAGGAUGCUUUUGAGUUAAUGGUUGAUAAAUUUGAGAAGGCAUAUUACUGUCAUCCUGAUGAUUUUCCAGAUGAAAAGGCAGCCGCUAAUCUUUGUCUGGGCCUGGCAAGGAGUGAAGUUGUAGAAGCUGUGAAUAAUUACUGGAUGAAGAAACGGAAACAAAAGGGAUCAGCGCUUGUCAGGGUUUUCCAGGGUCAUCAAGCAAAGAGGGCACAAGUGAUUCCCAAGCCAUUUUUACGAAAGCGGAGGUCAUUCAAACGACAGCGAAGCCAACUUGGAAGAGGCAAACCACCAAGUUUUUUGCGAGUAAUAGCAGCUGAACAAGAUGCUUUGGAAGAAAAGAAUUCUAUGCUCAAAGUCAAAGAAGCUAAUGCGUCUGCAAACAGAUCCGUGGAAUUAGCUGUUCUCAAACGUAAAAGGGCUCAGUUUCUAAUGGAGAAUGCAGAUUUAGCAACUUACAGAGCCGUGAUGGCACUUCAAAUUUCAGAAGCAGCUCGAGUUGCUGAAUCAACAGAUGCUACUACCAGUUAUUUUCUUGACUGAUGGACGAGGUGUUCCUGAUGCUAAUCAGAAUGGCGAUUUUUUUCCCCUUUUUUAAAUUACAGGAAGGAUUGCAGCCCCAUGGCUGGUUUUGAAGUCGUCAGGAAGGUUACCUUUGAAUGAUUGUAAUUUUGUAUAGAUGUUGAUUGAAUGUACAUCCUGUAUUAUUAUAUGUUCACACCAAUCGUGUACAAUGGAGGUUAGUUCAUUCCCUUGGGAAAAAAAAAAAAAAAUAGAAAAAGAAAUACGAGAAAAAAUUUGAGACGUAGGUCAUGCCGAUGUCUCUUAACUCUUAGGUGAUUCUGUUUUAAGAAUGUGAAUAUUUAGAAAUGUAAUCUGCAUUCUGUGCUUAGUAUUCUCAAAA